GAGGAGGCGCACACAAAGAAUUAGAAAGAUCCUUCAUAGCUUGUCCAUCGUGUAAGAGGACAUCAUCAGCCGGCCAGGGACCGAGAUAAAGCGGAAGUUUAUUCUCGACCAGACAACAAAAGGAGAAGAUGAGAAUCGAGAUCGAAGUAGUGAGUAGCAGCUGCGCUGAGGCCCUUCCGUUGCUCUCGCUCAACCACGUCUCUCUGCUGUGCCGGUCCGUGUGUGAGUCCACACGCUUUUAUGAGGAAGUCCUCGGCUUCGUUCUCAUCAAACGCCCCUCUUCUUUUAACUUCAAUGGUGCCUGGUUAUACAACUACGGGAUCGGGAUACACUUGAUUGAGAACCCAUCCCUUGAUGAAAUUGAAACAAGCAAUGAGCCAAGGCCAAUUAAUCCCAAGGACAACCAUAUGUCAUUCCAAUGCACGGACGUUGGAUUAGUGAAGAAGAGGCUGGAGGAGAUGGGGAUGAGGUACGUGACAGCAGUGGUUGAGGAGGCAGGAAUUACGGUGGAUCAGGUGUUCUUCCACGACCCGGAUGGUUAUAUGAUCGAGAUCUGCAACUGCGACAACAUCCCGAUCCUCCCCCUCUCUGCUUGCCCUCUCAAGCCCCGAAUGUCGUCGCUGAUGGAGAGCAGUUUCAGUUACUAUGAGACCUCUAACAGGUGCAGGGACGACAUGAUGGAGACCGUGAUGAUGGAGAGCUUAAGCAUGGACAUCAUGAAUUUUUCCUUCUAAGUGAAAGCUCCAAGCGAGAGCACGAACAACCACGAAAAGAUUGCGGGGGAACAAUUUUCGCGUUAAGAGUUCCGUAUCCAAUAAAUAACUAGUCUGCAAGCCAGACUGUGGUUAGCUCGGGUUAUCCCGGAUUUAAAGUUGGACAGGGUAAAUUAUUUUAUACAGAGCUAGUGGCAUAUAUAUGUGGUCCGUCUAUCUACAUACAAUACCUCGAGCAAAAAAAGAAUAUAUAUAUAUAUAUAUAUAUCAAUUCGUGCAUGGUGGAGAGUUGUAUUUAUUUAUUUUACUGUUUGUAACUCCCUUCUUUUUUUCUUUUUGGCCAAUAUUAUGUCUUCUGUACUUCCAUAUAAUGUUUAAAUUACAUGAGUAUGAGGAUUCAUAUUGA